AUGGCAACAGGAUCAGUUAGAUGUAAGGAAAAUUUAAGGACGAAGUUAUGGGAUGACAUUAUAACCGUACUUGAGGCAUUUGUAAAGUUCUUAGAAACAUUUGAGCAGGAUGGUCUUAUGGAAACUUGGGCUACAUCGUGUAAUGAUGCGGCCUACACCGACCGCUAUAUACUGGACCCGAACCACAAAGAGAGAACUAUGUGCAGAUUAAUGCUUGGAGCAUUAAUGUUCAAGAAUGGGUGGCGCGGUGCGCAACAGGACAUUGCAGCUUGGGGAGAAGAUGCAGCAUUAAUGCAAUUUGUGCAGUGUGCCAUAGUCAGUAUAUAUAUGUAUUACUUGCUAGAAAUAAACUGUGGACAAAGGAAAGGUGUGGACCAGGCAUUCACAAUAAUGAGUGGACUUGAGCGGGGCUUCCCCUCUUUGGGUAUGCCCGUGAAUGCAUGUCGCUGGGAAACACAUGAUGCCACUGGUUUAGGGACCACGAAAAUAAAGCCAGGAAUUAGAUCAUGGUUAAGCGAGAAUGAGUACAUGUCAGGUAAAAUUGCAGCAAUACGGCACCGCGCACAUUGUGCACAAGGCUCACAGGCAAAGGAAAAAGCGCGCAGUCAGGUGUCGCCAGAAACUAUAAAGCGAGAAAUUCUGGACAAAUUGGGGGACCUGAAGAAAGAAGUUCAAACGAAGAAACAAGAGUAUGAGCAGGCCGGACGGUCCCCGAGUUCCCUGAAGAAUUCUGAUGCCGCAAAGGACAAGGGCAAAGCGAGUACAACAUCCCAAUCUGGGGAAGGAGUGGGAAGAACCGCUCCCCCCAAGACACCGGCACCUCCACCACCUCCUCCACCAGAACCGGCACGUCCGGCAGCACCAUCAGAACCAACAGGAGCCAACGGUGCUGCAGCACCCACUGGAGCCGGGGACCAGCCUACGCAGGUACCCACAGAAAGUAACGGUGGCAGUGCUACAGAGCACACGACAUCUAAGGACGGUCACGGUUCAUCCGCGGUUGCAGGAGCAGCACCCGCCGCACCGGAAUCCCAGCCACUUACCCCUGUCUCCACUAUGGGGCAGGCUCCAGACACGGGUUCGACGCCGGAUGUGGCUACUACAAUAUCAUCAUCAACACCAGGGGCACCACCAACACAGGCAGAUCCCGUAGAUGCAGUACCAGGUUCACAAGCACCCGUACAUUCUGUGGACCAAAGCACUGCGGACCGCGCUGGUCAGGGCGUCGCCGUCGGUAACGAUGACCCCCCUCCUCUCAAUCCACCCAAACCGAACCCGAACCCAGAUCAAUCGGGUAGUAGUGGCAGUUUCAGUGAUGCUGAUUUGGCGGAUGGAGUUUCUGGUGGGGAAGGAAAGGGAGGUGAGAGUGGUGAAAAGGAUGCUGACAGCGCCGGUAGCGCAAGUCCAGGAGGAGGAACUAGUACUAGUGGUGGCGGAGGCGGUGGAGCAGGUGGUAGCGGCACUGAAGUUGGCACCCCUUCCGUGCCGCCCGGCCUCACAUGGGAAGAUGUCACGUGGUACACCCCCGCGAUCAUUCCCGCGGUUGUUGGUAUUGGACUCAUUGCCUUUUUCCUUUGGAAGUACUUUGCGUAUCUCGGAAAAAAACGACGACGAAUGUUUCGAACCGUUCGUGACGUGCCGUCACCGCCACUCGACGAAGAAAUAUUGGAGCAUCUACAACGCGCCGAACUGCCACCACCCGCUUACGGGUACACGAUGAUUAGGGAUACGCAACCCGCGUCAACAUCCGCCCGACGACGCCGUCAACCACGCGUGCAUAAGCGCACGAUUAUCGACCUACAUUUAGAAGUGCUCAACGAAUGUGAAGUGACCGAAUGGGAACACGUCAAAGACGACUAUUGGCAGAUACUUGUGCAAGAGUUUAUGGGGGGCAACAACGGACAUAGUAGUUGCCCCGAUGCUCCUAGCACAAACCAGGGUCCUCCAGGGAUCAAUGUUUCAUUCACCGUGGACCCACCCACUGACUCGGAUGCAACGGAUCCAUGUCCACCGAAUGAACACGACCCAUGGAGUUGUAUGGAAACUAUACAGUUCCCAACGGACCCUUGCCCACCUAACAAAGACGACCCCGAUCCAUGGAGUUGUGUGGACACCAUACAGUUAGCAACGCACCCAUGUCCACCGAAUGAGAACGACCCCGAUCCAUGGAGUUGUAUGAAAUCCAUACAGUUAGCAACGGACCCUUGCGCACCGCAUGACCCCGAUCCGUGGAGUUGUAUGGAAACUAUACAAUUACAAACGCACCCUUGUGCACCGAAUGAAGACGACCCCGAUCCAUGGACUUGUAUGGAAAACAUACAGUUAGCCACGGACACUUCUCCACCGAAUGAACACGACCCCGAUCCAUGGAGUUGUAUGGAAACCAGACAGUUAGCAACGCACCCAUGUCCACCGAAUGAGAACGACCCCGAUCCAUGGAGUUGUAUGGAAAACAUACCGUUAGCAACGGACCCUUGUCCAGAUGAUGACCCCGAUCCAUGCAGUUCUAUGCAAACUACACAUUGUAUGGAAACCAUACAGUUAGAUACAGCACCCGACCCGCACUCCUCCCCGGGGAAUGAAAACCGGGGACCCGACUGCACUAAUUGGAUUAACUGGAUUGAGCUUCACAAGCACCUACUGCGGGAGUGCACGACGCAGCCGUGGUUGCUGCAAUUAAAAGCGGAUUGGACACAAUACCUGCGCGAGCACAUUGCGGCAGACGACGUAUCCGGGCACAUUCACAACGGUGAAGCGGCAACCCUGCAGAUGAGCACACUGCGCUUGUGGAAAGCAUGGGUAGCGCAACAACAUCGGCAAAUGAGUACAUACAAGGAAGAGCAGUGGUUUCCACAUUUGUUUAAUAAUGUAGAGGAGGAGAUAGAAUCGCAAACAGUCGAAGUACCUGGAGUCGAAAAAGACUUAGAAGUGGAACAAGUAAAGGGAACAGAAGAUAGAGUGAGAGAUUUACCGCGGUCACAACCACUGCAUCCGCAACCUUACAUGAAAAAACGGUUAACCGCUAAAAUAUGCAUACUGCUCCUGGCAUUAGUCAUCGAAGCAUGCGAGCUCGAAUGUCGUUUGCAGCAGACGGAGUUAUAUGUAGAUGAUCUAUUGGAGCAACUGUGA